GCCAGCGGCCUGCGCUGUGGCUCAAUCGGCAGUCAGUCGCCGCCGAACUUCGUUACCUCGGAGGCGCUCUUCUGACGCUGAGAUGGCUGUCGACUGCUGGUCGAUGUGUGUGUCAGUGGUGCUGGCCGCCACUACGCUCUUCAUCUUAUGGUGGCGCCGCUACGUCGGCAGCUUCUCUCGCCGCGGGAUUCCGUACGCCACGCCUCUGCCUGUGGUGGGCAACAUGCUGGACGUGCUGCUCAACAGGAAGUCCGUGCCCGACGUCCUCGUCGACCUCUACCACAAGAUGGAGCCGCACCCCUACGCAGGCGCCUUCUCGUUCAUGAUCCCUCUUGUGAUGGUCAGAGAUCCCGACCUGAUACGCACCAUCACCGUCAAGGACUUUGACCACUUUACCGACCACAUGGACUUCAUCAACGCAGACAGAAGCAAUCUCCUGUCACAGCGGAUGCUUCUUGCAUUGAAAGGAAAGGAAUGGCAUGAUAUGCGAACUACGCUCAGCCCUUCUUUUACUACGAUGAAAAUGAAGAAUAUGUUCAUGCUGAUAACAGAAAUUGGACAGCAGAUCAUUGCUUAUUUAGAUGGUCAAACUGCCGAUUGCGAAGUUUCCGCCGGGAAGGAGAAUUUGCUCACACUGGACAUGAAGGACUUCUUCACACGCGUCACUAAUGACGUCAUCGCAACCACGGCGUUCGGUGUCAAAGUGGACUCGCUGUCGGAACCGCAGAACUCGUUCUACCGGAUGGGCCGCGAGCUCACAAACAUCAAACUGACGGCCGUCGGCUAUCUGCUGUCUCCGAAACUCAUGCAGCUUCUAGGAAUACCGCUUCUCGACCGGAGUGCAACAGAGUUCUUCAGAUCCAUGGUUAUCGAAACCAUCGAGACCCGUGAAAAGCAAGGCAUCGUUCGUCCCGACGUCAUCCAUUUGCUCAUGGAGGCGCGUCGCGGCGAACUGCGCUCAGAAGAAGCGGUCAAGGAGGGAAGCACUGAACCCAAAGGAAAACGUCUGAGCAACGACGAUAUCGCGGCACAAGCAAUUCUGUUCUUCUUCGGUGGUUUCGAAACGGUGUCGACGGUGAUGACUUUCUGCAGCUACCUGCUGGCGACGAACGAGGACGUCCAGAAGAGGCUGCAGCAAGAGGUGGACGAAGUCAUGAAGAAGAGCGGCGGGCGGCCCGACUAUGAGCAGGUCAUGGGCUGCCAGUACCUCGAUAUGGUCAUCUCCGAAACACUACGGAUGUACACGCCAGGUGUGGCGCUGGACAGGGUGUGUGUGCACCCCUACCAGCUGCCGGACACGGAGGUGUGCCGAGGCGUCCAGGUGAGACCAGGCGAGAUCAUCUGGAUUCCUGUACACGCCAUCCACCGCGACCCAAAGUACUUCCCAGACCCAGAAAGUUUCGACCCGGAACGCUUCAGUCCGGAGAACAAGCACCGCAUCAAGCCUUUCACAUACUUCCCUUUCGGCGCCGGACCUCGCAUUUGCAUUGCCCAGAGGUUCGCGUUGAUGGAGGCGAAGGUGGUACUCCUGUACUUGAUGUCCAAGUUCAGCUUCCAGGUAGUCGCCAAGACACCGGUGCCUCUGAAGAUACAGCCAAACAAGCUCAAUCUCUCUAUCAAGGGUGGCGCCUGGAUUGGCGUGCGGCGUAGAUUUUGAUCAGAAAAUUAUUACAUGUCGUUCCACAUGAAUGUGAGAGGGAAGAAAAUCUGACUUUCUUGAAUCAAUUCGAAAACACUACUCUGUACACGCGGCUGCAAUAACGCAACUGACAACUGUCUGUUAACCUCACAAAUAUGUGUCUGUCCACGUUAUACACUGGUCGAAAAGAAUGCAUUAUUUAUAUUGA